AUGGGUGUGGACUUGUCGGAGAGAGUGAGCUGUCAGAAGUCCAAACGCAUGAGAACGUCUUUCAAACAUCACCAGCUGCGGAGCAUGCAGAACUUCUUCACCCACAACCACAAUCCAGAUGCCAAAGACCUCAAAGAGCUCGCCCAGAAAACCGGCCUCACCAAACGUGUGCUCCAGGUCAGAAAAACCUCUCUGAACCUCUAUGUGAGCGAUAUGGGUGUGGACUUGUCGGAGAGAGUGAGCUGUCAGAAGUCCAAACGCAUGAGAACGUCUUUCAAACAUCACCAGCUGCGGAGCAUGCAGAACUUCUUCACCCACAACCACAAUCCAGAUGCCAAAGACCUCAAAGAGCUCGCCCAGAAAACCGGCCUCACCAAACGUGUGCUCCAGGUUUGGUUCCAAAAUGCCCGUGCAAAACUCAGGAGAAACUGUCUAUAUCAGGAGAGCGUGGGAGUGGACAAUGUUUCUGACAAUUCCACAAUCACAUCCCCAUCAGUGCCUUCACCCCAACUGUCCCACAGAUCUCUGAGCCCAUCCAGCCCCACCGGCACCUCUCCAUCACAACACGCACAACACAGUCACAACACAAACUCCCCAAUGCCUGAGUUCCUCUACCACUCUUAA